GGUCACUAGUGUUACCAAAAAAAAGUCUCUCAUCAUUCUAAGUGAUUCAUCAGAAAAUUUACACUAACUUCUGGUCUUUUGGGUCCUAAUAUUCAUUUAAAUCUAUCUGACAAUUUAAAAAGUGUCAUAUCUUUAAUUGUAUUUUUUGUGUUUACUUGUCUGUUUUAUUAUCACCUGGUUUCAUCAUGACUGAUAAGAAAAACCCUGAGGAUCUAUCCACUGCGAUAUUAAAAACCAAAAACAAACCAAACCGAUUGAUUGUUGAAGAAGCUACUAAUGAUGAUAAUUCGGUUGUUGCUCUCUCCCAGGCUAAAAUGGAUGAGCUUGAACUUUUCCGUGGAGAUACUGUCCUCCUUAAAGGUAAAAAGCGACGAGAAACUGUCUGUAUCGUUUUACAGGAUGAUGCCUGUCCUAAUGAAAAAGUUAGAAUGAAUAGAUGCGUUCGUAACAAUCUCCGCGUCAGACUUAGCGAUAUUGUUACCAUACAACCAUAUCCUGAUGUCAAAUAUGGUAAAAGAAUCCAUGUUUUACCUAUUGAUGAUACUGUAGAAGGGCUCACUGGUAGUUUGUUCGAUGUAUACCUCAAACCAUACUUUUUAGAAGCUUACAGACCAAUUCACAAAGGCGAUCUUUUCAUGGUUCGGGGUGGUAUGAGAGCUGUGGAAUUCAAAGUCGUUGAGACUGAUCCAUCUCCUUUCUGUAUUGUCGCUCCUGACACGGUUAUCCACUGUGAGGGAGAUCCUGUGAAACGUGAAGAAGAAGAAGAUACAUUAAAUGCCGUAGGUUAUGACGAUAUCGGAGGUUGUAGAAAGCAACUUGCCCAAAUCAAAGAAAUGGUUGAGCUUCCCUUGCGUCACCCAAGUCUCUUUAAAGCUAUUGGUGUCAAACCUCCUCGGGGUAUUCUCUUAUAUGGUCCACCUGGUACUGGUAAAACUCUGAUUGCUCGAGCUGUAGCAAAUGAAACUGGUGCUUUCUUUUUCCUCAUCAAUGGUCCUGAAAUCAUGAGUAAAUUGGCUGGGGAAUCUGAAAGUAAUCUCAGAAAGGCAUUCGAAGAAGCAGAAAAGAAUGCACCAGCAAUUAUUUUUAUAGAUGAACUGGAUGCUAUCGCUCCAAAAAGAGAAAAGACUCAUGGUGAGGUCGAAAGACGUAUCGUUUCGCAAUUAUUAACACUUAUGGAUGGUCUUAAACAACGGGCCCAUGUUAUCGUCAUGGCAGCAACCAAUCGACCCAACAGUAUAGAUCCGGCUCUUCGUAGAUUCGGUCGUUUUGACAGAGAGGUUGACAUCGGUAUCCCUGAUGCUACUGGUCGUUUAGAAAUUUUAAGAAUUCAUACAAAGAAUAUGAAAUUGGCUGAUGAUGUAGAUCUGGAUAAGAUUGCAGCGGAAACUCAUGGUUUUGUUGGGGCUGAUUUGGCUGCAUUAUGUUCAGAAGCUGCCUUACAACAAAUCAGAGAAAAAAUGGAUCUUAUUGAUCUUGAAGACGAUCAAAUUGAUGCUGAAGUUCUCAGCUCCCUUGCUGUUACUAUGGAUAACUUCAGAUGGGCCUUAGGAAAGAGCAGUCCAAGUGCCUUGCGUGAGACAGUAGUUGAGGUACCCAAUGUAACAUGGCAAGAUAUUGGUGGUUUACAGAACGUUAAACAUGAACUCCAAGAGAUGAUCCAAUACCCCGUUGAAUACCCUGACAAAUUUUUAAAGUUCGGUAUGACUCCAUCCAGAGGAGUUCUCUUCUAUGGACCACCAGGUUGUGGUAAAACACUUUUAGCUAAGGCUAUUGCCAAUGAAUGCCAGGCUAACUUCAUCUCUAUCAAAGGACCUGAACUGCUUACUAUGUGGUUUGGUGAAUCUGAAGCUAACGUCCGUGAUGUUUUUGAUAAGGCGAGAGCUGCUGCUCCUUGUGUCCUUUUCUUCGAUGAGUUGGACUCAAUCGCUAAAGCUAGAGGUGGCAGUGUUGGAGAUGCCGGUGGAGCUGCUGAUCGUGUCAUUAAUCAGAUUUUGACUGAAAUGGACGGUAUGGGUAGUAAAAAGAAUGUUUUCAUCAUUGGUGCUACUAACAGGCCUGAUAUUAUCGAUCCUGCAAUACUUCGACCUGGACGUUUGGAUCAACUUAUCUACAUUCCUCUACCUGAUGAGAAGUCACGAGAGUCCAUUCUCAAAGCCAAUUUGAGAAAAUCUCCUAUUGCUAAGGAUGUUGAUUUAACCUACGUUGCUAAAGUCACUCAUGGUUUCAGUGGAGCUGAUUUGACUGAAAUCUGUCAAAGAGCCUGUAAAUUAGCCAUUCGAGAAUCGAUUGAGGCUGAAAUAAAACGCGAAAAAGAACGAGCUGCUCAGCCUGAAGGAGCUGCAAUGGAUGUGGAAGAAGUUGAUCCCGUCCCUGAGAUCAGAAGAGAACAUUUCGAGGAAGCAAUGAAAUUCGCUCGUCGAUCAGUUAGUGAUAACGAUAUCCGCAAAUAUGAAAUGUUCUCUCAAACCUUACAACAAAGUCGAGGUUUCGGAACCAACUUCAGAUUCCCAUCAGGAACUCAACCAGCAUCUGGCGGUCCCACAGGAGGUGAUGCUCGAGGAAUCGGAGAUGAUGGUGACGAUGAUUUAUAUAGUUAAGAAUGUCUAAGGAUUUACUAAUUUCACACACUUUUGUUUAUUGAUAAAGAAAAUUCAAACUCUCUCAAGACAUGCUAAAACGCGACUUAUGUAACCAAAUAAAGUGAGAGACCUUUUCAUGAAGCCUUGAGGCUCUCGUUUCUAGCUAUAAAAA